GCUGACUUGCUGUCGAGUCUAGCGUUGUUCGAGGAAAUGUAUUCCCCAACAACCACAUCGCUUCUUCCUGCUUCCCAAUGCGAAAACGCACCGCAUUAACACGACUUCGUACCAACGUUUUGCAUUGUUUGUUGUCCCAACACAGUCCGACAUUGGUCAUACAGUGCGAGACAGUAGCGACUGGGCCUUUCCACAGUCCAGUUAGUCGGAUGGCGGGAGAGUAAACCAAACAACCGUCUUAAGAAGGUCAUUUUAUGGGUUUCAACAUCAGCUGCGGUGGUGCAUGGAUUUUAAAUCCGUGUCGUGGAUAUACAUGAAACUAGUCUCUUUACUGUUGCACGUUUGUCUACUUUAGUUUCACGAAUCGGUUCUAGUUCAAACAAAACUUCAAUUCAACUAAUUUCAUAGUUUAAGGCAAUGAGUUGUGGAAAUGGAUAUUCAUAGAUGGCUCAUAUUUUCGAAUGUGAGAGUAGUGACACGUUUAAAGUGAAUCUGAAGAGCAGUGGUAAUGGGGUUAGAACCCUAACCCUAAACUCAAGGGGCCAAGUUUGACACAGGUGCUUAAGAGUAACAUGUAUGAACUGUAAAUCGAAACCCAGUGCCAACAAGAAACUUGUACAAGCUCGUCUCCCCUUCAAGCGCUUGAAUCCAGAACCAAAAGACAACGAGUUGCCCAAGCGCCCAUCUGCACCUGCCUGUGUAGAACCUGGUGUGUCAGAUGGAGAAAAUGAGAAUGGCUCGUCUCCGUCGGUGUUUAAUGGACCACCCUUGGUUAAUGGCCAGGGCCCACUAGAUUGUUUCUUUAGUCACAAGAAGCCUGCCAGCUCAAAUGAGAACAUUAUUGACUUGACUGAGGACGGUCUGUCAUCGCCGGCAAAACGUUCAGAUGUGCCUGUCUCUCGCUGCACCCCAACAAAGGACAAAACCACAUUUCCUGAAAAGUUGGUCGCUGAACCUACGAAAUCAGAAAACGAUGACUGCAUAGAAGAUGAGGACAAUAAAGACAUGGACACUAAGGAUCAGUCAACCAUCUCCCUUCUGGAAACAACUCAGGAAUCUGAUGGUGAACAAGGGGAGCAGAACGAGUCUGGCAAUAUUUCUAGUUUUGGGAAUCAUUCGAUGUUGUCAGCUACAUCGCACAGCUCCUUGUCUGACAGCUCGCCUGAGAAAACCAAGACGGAUGAACCUGCCACUGUACCUACAAAGUCGGCGACAACACCAGACAAAUCUUUAGAACAGAAACAAGUGAGAAGACGCUCCUCAAAGAGCUUGAAAGAACAGCAAGAAAGGCUUCGGCUGCGGGAGGAGAAGGAACGACUGAAAGAAGAAGCUAAAGCUGCAAAAGAGAAGAAACGUCAAGAAAUCCGCCGGCUAAAGGAGGAGAAAGAGAAGGAAAGGCGUGAGAAAAAGGAGAGAGAUGAAAGAGAGAAGCGUGAGAAAAAGGAGAGGGAGGAAAAGGAAAAAGCAGAGAAGUUGAAGGCAAAGGAAGAGCAACGGAAAUCGAAGUUGGAAGCCAUUGCUGAGCAGAAGAGAAAGAAAGAGGAGGAAAAGAAGAUGAAGGAGGAAGAAAAGCGCGUGAAGGAGGAAGAAAAGCGCAUGAAGGAAGAGAAAGAUCGCCUUAAAGCAGAGAAAGCAGAAAUCACCAGGUUUCUACAGAAACACAAGACACUGCAGUCUCCCAAAACUUUGGCAACAGCAUGUGGGAAGUUUGCACCGUUCGAGAUAAAAGACAACAUGUGUAUGGCGCCGCUGUGUCGGGUACAGUGUGAGAACUCUGUCCUUGAGGAACUGGAUCAAUAUCUGUUGAAACCGAGUGACAAACUAGGAGGCAUUAAAGGUUGGAUCAGCCAGAAACCCCGGCGUUCCGGUCCUACCAGACCCAAAAGGCCCAAAGUGCUUGAUAACUGCAUACAGAUUCAUGGGCCCAAAGCUGAGGGUGUGCCUGACCGAAAACAUUAUGGCUCCAUGAAACUGCUGCAUUUUCAUGAAAACUAUCGUCCGGCUUACUGGGGAACAUGGACAAAGAAAAGUUCUGUGAUCUCUGCACGCUGCCCCUUGAAACAAGACAAGGUGUUGUUAGACUAUGAGGUGGACAGCGAUGAAGAGUGGGAGGAAGAAGAGCCCGGAGAGUCCCUCUCUCAUAGUGAAGGGGAAGAUGAGGAGGAGGGAGGUGAAGAUGAUGAAGAUGAUGAUGGCUUCUUUGUUCCUCAUGGUUACCUCUCGGAUGAUGAAGGGGCACUGGAAGAAGAGGAUGGCGGUGACCUGGAGAAGCAAAAGCUGCAGCAGAAACUGAGAGCCAGGGAGUGGGAUGAGCUGAUGUCCACCAAGAAGAAGAUGAAGGUGCUUGAGCCUGUGGUGAGGGGCUGCCACUGGGAGGGGGAGGACCCUGGUCUAGAUGUCUUCCAGUCUUAUGCCAUGGUGCUGGUGGAGCCUCUACCUAAAGCAGACAACAGCCCCAGUCCUGAUGCUGAGUCCAAGAAAAGUCAGCGAGAAGAACAGUUGCUCAGAAAGCUGCUGCCUCUUCUUCAUGGGAACUUCAACAGCUCCAAAGUGAUCAUUCAUGAGUUUCAGGAGUUUUGUCGUCAGGAGACCACAUCGUCUUCGCCUUCUGAGAUGUUAAGUCCCCAGAGUCCUGAGACUGUUCCUGCCAGGAAGCUGAAGCGCCUCAUCAAGAACAAUGCUGUCUAUGAGAAGCGCUCGGCCUACAGACGGCCGUGCUGGUACGUUUACACGGAGGUUUUGGCCCGGUGGGGCAUGGAAGCUCUCCCGGUGCCGUGCCAGUGGACCUACAUCACCACCGGUGCCCGGGAAGAGCCCCGUGAUGAGUCGCAGGCGGCCACAGGCUCCCAUGGAAACUCUCCCACAACACCCCAGACCUCCUCCGCCACAGCUUCAUCCUCGAAACGAAAAAGCACUGGAAGCAUGUCCAUCACAAAGUUCAUGAAGCGAUGCAAUGAUCCGGAACAGAGAGUAGCAACAGAUACGGAUGGUUUUCAAGCAGACGCAGCGGACGAUGAAGAGGAUUGCAUGAUCGUUGAAGCUCACAGUGGCCCCACCAAAGAGAAGCAGUCGAUGGAGGAGUCGAUGGAAGUUGCUCCCUCUGAGACGGCGGCUCUCCCUGAGUCCAAUGCUGCUAUGGUUUGAGUGCGCAACUACUCUCUGCUUGUUCCAAGUCUUGGGUUCUUUGUGUGUCUCUCUUUCAAGGCCAGUGUCGCGCCUUCAUCAACUUGACCUGCUGUUUGUGUCCCAGAGGUCACGGUUGUUUCAUUGUGGGCGCAGGUGAUGCCUGCAGAAUGCAGUAAAAUUGGUCUGAUCAGAGUAUAUUAGGACCAUUCAACCCAAAGCUGACUGACCUAGUAUCAGAUUUGUUUGCAUUGAAUUGUCAUUUUACCGUGGGGGUUGAUGCUUGUUUGACAGAGACGAACAUGUAAUCCUUUACUGCAACAUAUUUCACGGUUCCUGCGUUACGUUGUUGACCGACCUCUAAUUAUCUUGGUUUCUGUGUAUAUAAUGUCACACACGGGGACUAAAGAACUUGAGAAACUGCUCCGAUGUCUCUCUGCGCUUCAAGUGUGAUUCUCAACUGGCAGCAGCAAGGUCUGCCCCUGUACAGUUAGGGCCACCGUCUUAUUAAUAUGUGGUUUUGUGUCACAAGAAAACUUGAACAAGAUAAAUUCAUUAAACGUGAAUAAAAUUACUUUUUUCUGAAGUAUGAUUUCUAUUUCUCUGCCUGAAGAGUGUAUUCUAUUUCAGGAUCCAAGACUAAACAAACCAUGUUCAAAACAGACUUUUACUCUCGACUCCACGCUUCUGUAAAUAUUCAAAUGGUAGUCGCAUUCAACAAAUGUUGACUGCAGAUGACAAGUUGUCGACCAACAACGGGUUACAUUUGUUGCAAUAAUUUUUAUUAC